UUCGCAGCGGUCAGCUCGAAACUCACAACAAACCAAUCUACACUACAUCCGUCCUGCAUCAAUUGAAGCGAAGCCGACGCCGUCGCCACAAGAAUUGCCUUCGAUAGUUGUUCUUUGAGACACAAGAAACACACCGUCAGAAUGGCCCCCAUCAAGCCGCACUGGUCGCAGCCGUCGCACCCCGACAUCCAAGACGUCAUCGUCAACGAUGCCGAGUUCACCACCAAGAGCGUCUCCAAGAUUGCUCUCCCUCCGUUUGGCCUGUUCGCCAAGCUGGAGUUCCCGCCCUGCACCGUGGCCGCCGAGCCCACGUAUGCAACCGUCCAGAUUGGCCGUGACAAGCACCUGGACCUGAACAGCGACCUGCUGUACAUCAACCACUCUUGCGAGCCGUCUCUUAUCUUUGACACGGCCAACAUGGUCAUCAUCGCCGGCCCGAAAGGGCUGCAGCCCGGCGACGAGCUGACGUUCUUCUACCCCUCGACCGAGUGGGACAUGGCGCAGCCCUUCGACUGCUUCUGCGGCGCGCCCACCUGCCGCGGCCGCAUCGCCGGCGCCCGCGACAUGACGCGCGCGCAGCUCGAUGGCAUGUGGCUGAACGGGCACAUCCGGGAGCUGCUCGAGGAGCGCGAACAGGCGGCAGCUGCGGCGGCGGCGUCACCUGCGGAGACGACCCCAGCCAAGCAGAACGGCGGCACAACAGCGGCCGCAACCCUCACCAACGGCGCCGGCUCCCCGCACACCACCAAAACCGCCGCCGCCGCUCCGGCCGACGACCAGACGGCGCGCGCCCUGCGCGAGGCGCUGUCGCACGCCGAGAAGGCGGUCGAGGCCGCGCGGCUCGCGCUGGCGUCGUACGUCGCGGCGGUCAAGCCGGCCACGGUCGCCGGGGCGCAGCGGCGAGGCCCGACGUCACGCGAGCUGAGCGGCGAGAUGGGCGGGGAUACGUCAGUGUAGGUCUAAGUCGUGCGGCGCUGGACACCCCUCCAAACAUAUAUCUCGCCCUGGAUACCUGUUGAGGCGGGGCAAAGGGGGGGAAAGAGGCUGCGAUGUUUCAACAACUCGCCAGCUGGUCUAGCGUACGCACGCAGAGAGAGGACCUUCGUUUGUUUGCCUGCUUUCUCUCUC